AUGCAGAUCAGGUUUGCUAGAUUUUGCGUGCUGGAGGCCAAGUCCCCGAGUUGGCUGGGUACAGAGACGCUCUGCCAUCGGAGCAUCGAUCGAAUGAGUGGCGAGAGUCGGGGCGGGGGGCGCGGGCGGGCAGGCAGGCCGGCCAGUUUGGGGGUCCCUGCAGCCCGGCGCCCCCCUCUCCCGCUCCCGUGCCCAGGCUGGCCCCGCGGGGCCGAAGCGAACCGCUGCGUGGCGGCGGCCGAGGCGUGCGCGGGGGACGCGCGCUGCGGGCGGCUGCGCACCGAGUACGUGGCGCGCUGCCUGGGCCGCCCGGCAACCCGCGCCUGCGCCCGCGCCCGCUGCCGCCACGCCCUGCGCCGCUUCUUCGCCCGCGCGCCGCCCGCGCUCGCCCACGCGCUGCUCUUCUGCGCCUGCCACGGGCCCGCCUGCGCCGAGCGCCGCCGCCAGACCUUCGCGCCCGCCUGCGCCUUCGCCCCGCCCGGCCGCGCGCCGCCCUCCUGCCUGCGCACCAGCGACGCCUGCGAGCGGAGUCCCGUCUGCGGGCCCCGCCUCCUGGCCUUCCAGGCCUCCUGCUCGCCCGUGUCCAGCAACCCCGACGGCUGCGCGCGGGACCAGGCCGCCCCCUGCCAGCGGGCCUUCGCCGGCCUCGUGGGCACCGCCGUCACCCCCAACUACGUGGACAACGCCAGCGCCCGCGUGGCCCCCUGGUGCGACUGCCGAGCCAGCGGGAACCGGCGCGACGAGUGCGAGGCCUUCCGGGGGCUCUUCACGCGCAACCCCUGCUUGGAUGGAGCCAUACAGGCCUUUGACAGUGAGGGGUUCCUGGGGGGCCCCAGUGAGGACCUUAAGCACAGUCUCCUACAGGUGUCUUCUGCUAGUGGUGAUGCACAGGAUGGGGACUGCCUGCUCCUCUUGCUCCUUGUCUUGAUGGUCCAGGCCGCACAGCUAAAGGUUCUGCCCUGCUAG